AUGACAACCAAUCGUAACCUCACUCACGACUUCAGCGGGCCCACCGUGCAGGAACGCAUCACGUGCUUGUUCGAGCACAGCCAACUCUUUGAUAUAAUCGCUGACAAACCACAAGCCGGCAUAUGUCAAAGGUACGGAAGAGGAUGGUCCACCAUUAUAGCGUAUAUCGAAAGUGAGGUUAAUCAAAGCCAACGUGCUGCUGAGUUAUUCAUCCGGGAAAAUGCGCAAGUGGGAAGAGGAAUAUUAGAUGAGAGAAGAAAAGAGAAAGCAUAUAAGAAGGUGAUGAACAAAUGGAUGGGGGAUAUUUUCCGCCAUGAACGCGCUUUCAGAGCUGCCCGUCAAAUGGCCCUAUCCGAUUCGCCCUCGAAGGAAUACAUGCGAAAGUAUCGCUCCAAUAGUGGAAGUGGUAAGGGCGGUACAAGGGCUGCGAACGGAGAGCUGAUGUCGAUCUAUGGCCAAGAGAACGAGCUUGUGCCCUCCGACCUGACUACGUUGGACGACGAAGAACUUGAACCCAUAGCAAACUUCAUAGUCGACUGGCUAAUGAAUCCCUUUGUCGAUUAUAUCGGCACACGCUUCCAAAGAUUCUGGCACAAGUUGCUGUAUGGAAAAAUGCGUCCGGCUGAGGGCGAUGACAUCGAGGCCGUCAACGCCAGAACGAUUUCAGCCAUCGCAAGGGCCUUUGUAAGCGUCAUGGCAAUUCUGUUUCUGGUCGCUCCGAUUGCUACUCUGGACAGCAUUCAGCAACCAAAGUUACGAAUCUUGGUUAUGGCUCUGUUUGGUCAGCUGUUUGCCACAUCAGCCCAAUUCAUGGGCUCACGCUCAGUCCCGCUAUACAUGCUCAUUACAGCGUACUUCCAGGCAAUGGUGGUGUUCUUAGGCACGACGAGCGUGCAAAAUGUGCGUCAGUAA